UUCAUUUUCGUUUUGCUCUUUGGUCCGUUCAGACGUGAGUUGAGCGCGCGCGUUUUUCGUCGUCGUCCCGUCGUCGUCGUUGAUUUUUCGUGGUUUCUCUCGUCGCCCGUUAUUUAUUAUUAUUAUUAUGUGUGUGGUGGCAACAAAUAUCAAAAUAUGAAAGCUAUACAAUACAAUACAACAGCAACAACACAAGCAAGCAGUACAAACAGAAUGUACAUCAUAUGUAGCUUGCUUUAACUACUAACAAAACGCUCUUUGCUGCCUACCGUGUUUUUUUCAUUUUUUUUGUUGCCCGUCGUUUUUUCUUGCGCAUGGUUCCAACAAACGCUGCAGCAGCAGCAGUAAAAAGCAACAACAACAAUAAUAAUACAACAGCAACAACAACGUUAAUUGCAAAUAAAGAGCAGCUGCAACAACAACAGCAAAAGCAUAAACAGCAUUGACAACAACAACGACAACAAUCAUCAGUCAAAAUCUCUCGACGACGACAACAAAUCAAGUAAAACAAAAAAAAAUAAUAAAAAGUGUAAAAACCAAAACAACAGCAAACAACCAUCAACUGGAAAAUCCAUCAACAACAAUUGUGUUCAAAAGCUAAUAAUAUAAUCAUAAUAAUAAUAAUCGUGCGUGUAAUUUGUGUGUGUUUGGUUAAAAUUGGUUUUGCUUCUCGUGAAAUGUUUGUUCCCAUGCAAAAUGUGCACAUCAGUACUUUGUAUUAAAACUAACAACAACAACAAUUUAAGUAAUAACCGCAAAAAGAUCAACAACAACAACAGUAAUAAACUCACGACCACAACAAUAACUUAAGGGGAAAUUAUAAAGUAGCUUUUUCGGCAUCUGGCGGCGGCAUUGACCAGCCAACAUCAUAUUUCUCUCUCUUUCCCUCUCCUGAGAGGCGCUCACAUUUCGUAGUGUGUGUGUGCCAGUGAGAGAGAGAGAACAAGAGCGUCCGCGAGCGAGAGCGAGAAAAGAAGAAAGUGUUGUGUUUGUUUUUGUUUUCGUUUUGGGCGCCCGCGCGCACACACACACACACGCACGCACACGGAUAUACGCACAUGUGUGUGUGUGUGUAAUGGAUUUGCAUUGUUCUUGCAAUGAAACAGAUAUUAUUGUAAAACAGAGUGCGCGAGUGUGUGUGUAAAUAAAUGAAGUAAAAUGAAAUGAAAUGCGCAACGUCAUCAUUGUCAUAAAAAUUGCACCGAAAUUUAUUCACAUAUGAAGAAUAAUAACAAUAACAGCGGCAGCAGGAAUGUAACAACAACAACAAGAAGAAGAACAACAACAACAGCAGCAACACCAAUAACAUAACAGUAACAGUAACAUAACAGCAACAUAACAUAGACAUACACAACAUUCAAAGCAAAAAUCCAACAAAAGACUUAAAAAGUGUGUUCAUUACUUUAAACAAAAACAAAACAAAAAGCGAGAUCGAAGAAGGAUAAAAUACAUACAAUAUACACAUACAUAAAUGCGAAAAGCGGAUAAGCAAAAAAGUAUUUGAGAAAUCGAAGAGAAAUCCAAAAAAAUAUAAUAUAUAUACAUCUAUAUAUAUAUAAAUUACAUACGCGAACAAACAAACAAAACAAAAUCAGUUACCAAAUUAACAACGACAAAAAAAAACCCCGAUUAACUGCUGCAACAACGUUAAUUUAAUUUGUAAUUUCAUUACCAAAUCAACAAAACAAAAAAAAAAAAAAGAAAGAAAAACUAAACACAUUUACCAUUUAUGAUCAAAUAAAACGCAAUAUAUAUAGAAAUAUAGAGAUAUAUCUGGAUUAACUGGAUAUAUAAGUAUAUGUAUGUACCUAUAAUUAGGUAUACUACACUCUGCAAUUCAUCAUUAUAAACAUUAAACCAGCAACAACAACAGCAGCCACAUGUAUAGAUUGGAGGAUACGAAUAGCGGCGCCGUUAUGGAUAAGAACAAACAGAAAUUAUCCGCUGGAUAUGGUUCCAGUGCGGGCGCCGUGGAAACAUCGCAGGGCAGCGGGAGCGGGGGCAGACAGCGACAUGCGCCGCUUUACGGUCGCUUUGUGGUCGAAGAGGAUCUGCCUGCCACGCAUCGUGAUGUCAUGCAUCAUCACUCUAGUCCUUCAUCUUCGUCGGAGGUGCGCGCCAUGCAAGCUCGCAUUCCCGCACACUUUCGAGAUCCGGCCCUGGCACCAUUGCGCAAGCUCAGCGUCGAUCUGAUAAAGACCUACAAGCACAUCAACGAGGUUUAUUAUGCGAAGAAGAAGCGUCGUGCUCAGCAGACACAAGGCGAGGAUGAUUCGUCAAAUAAAAAGGAGCGUAAAUUAUAUAACGACGGCUAUGAUGACGAUAAUCACGAUUAUAUAAUCAAGAAUGGCGAAAAGUUUUUGGAUCGCUACGAGAUUGAUUCAUUGAUUGGCAAAGGCAGCUUUGGUCAGGUGGUCAAAGCCUACGAUCAUGAGGAGCAAUGCCAGGUGGCAAUCAAGAUAAUUAAAAAUAAGAAACCGUUCCUAAAUCAGGCACAAAUCGAAGUCAAGCUGCUCGAGAUGAUGAAUCGUGCGGAUGCUGAAAACAAAUACUAUAUCGUCAAGCUCAAGCGUCAUUUUAUGUGGCGCAAUCAUCUGUGCCUCGUCUUCGAGCUGCUGUCGUACAAUCUGUACGAUCUGCUAAGGAACACAAAUUUCCGUGGCGUAUCGCUGAACCUCACGCGCAAAUUUGCGCAGCAACUGUGCACGGCUCUUUUGUUCCUGAGCACCCCCGAACUGAACAUAAUACACUGUGAUCUGAAGCCCGAGAACAUAUUGCUCUGCAAUCCCAAGCGAUCGGCCAUCAAAAUUGUUGACUUUGGCAGUUCGUGUCAAUUGGGCCAGCGCAUCUAUCAGUACAUCCAGUCGCGCUUCUAUCGCUCCCCAGAAGUGUUGCUGGGCAUACAGUACGAUCUGGCGAUCGAUAUGUGGUCCCUCGGCUGCAUUCUGGUCGAGAUGCACACCGGUGAGCCGCUCUUCUCCGGCUGCAAUGAGUUCGAUCAGAUGAACAAGAUCGUCGAGGUGCUCGGCAUGCCGCCCAAAUAUCUGCUGGAUCAGGCGCACAAGACGCGCAAAUUCUUUGACAAAAUUGUCACCGACGGCUCCUAUGUGCUAAAGAAAACGCUCAAUGGUCGCAAAUACAAGCCGCCCGGUUCCCGCAAGCUCCACGACAUCCUUGGCGUGGAGACGGGCGGACCGUCGGGUCGGAGGUUGGAUGAGCCGGGUCAUUCGGUGGCGGAUUAUUUGAAGUUUAAGGAUCUGAUAUUGCGCAUGCUGGACUUUGAUCCAAAGACGCGAGUCACACCAUAUUAUGCCUUGCAACACAACUUCUUCAAGCGCACCACGGACGAGGCGACAAACACGAGCGGAGCGGGCGCCAAUGCAGCGAAUGCGGGCGCCGGCGGAAGCGGAUCAUCAUCUGGCGGUGGAUCAGGUGGAGGAGGUGCAACUGGAGGAGGCAGCGGAUCAGGUGGUGGAGUUGGAGGCGGAGGAGGAGGAGGCGGGGCAGCGAGUGCAAGUGGCGGAUCAACGUCGAGUGCUGUCCUCGGAGGAGGUCUUGGCGCCAGCAGCAGUAGCAGCAGCAGCGUUGUCUCUUCCAGCGUCGCAGCUGGCGUCGGCGGCGCAGCAAGCAGCGCAGUCAACGCAACGGCACAGCAGCAGCAACAACAACAACAACAGUUGAUGUCCAGCAGCGGCAGCGGCGCCGCCUUGGAUCCCCAAUGUCUAGGUCUGUUGCUGCAUCACGCAAACAACAACAACAACAACACAACGACGGCGAAUGCCAUGAACUUUUCGGCUCUCAGUCUGCAGGCGCAGCCAACGACGACGGCGGCAGCAGCAGCAGCAACAAGCAUCAUCCACCACAACAACAACAAUAACAACAACAGUCUGAAUAGCUUAAAUCAUAGCAGCAACAACAACAACAGCCGGCGAAAUAUGUACAUGAACAACAGUUAUCCGCAUGCCAUGGACUGCGAUCCACCGCAUGCUCAGCAAAUGCCGCCGCCGCCGCUGCCGCCAGCUUCGGCUGCGGCCAUGGCAGCGGCAGCGCUGCGACUUGGCCAGCCGCCAUUCGGACGCAUGCGCAGCGUUGGCGCCCAUCAAAACUUUAGCACGAUCAAGCAUAAUGGGGCAGCGCCGUUGCUGCUGCCAUCGCUGCCACCACCCGCCGCCCAUCAACAGCAUCAACAGUUGCAGUCGCUGCCGCAGCCGCAGCAGCAUCACAGCUAUGCGCCGGCAUCGCUGCCGCUCGAUCUGAUGCAUCACUAUGGCAACAUGUCGGCAGCGGCGUCACACCUCAUGAUGACCGAUUCGAGUGUGAUUAGCGCCUCGGCUGCCGGCGGUAUUCCGGCUGGCUCGGGUCCCGCUUCCUAUACGGCGCUGCUCUACCAUCCCCAGCUGGCACCGCUGCCACUGCCAACCUCGGCGUCGGCCUCGUCGCCAGCAUCGCUGCCCGCGUCGGCAGCUACGCCGAGCAGCAGCAGUGUCGCCACUUCAGUCGGCAGCGGCGUCACCGGCGCCAGCAGCGACGCGUCAUCGUCGUCGCCCAUGGUGGGCGUAUGUGUUCAACAAAAUCCUGUAGUUAUACAUUAGCGUUACCUGCCUGCCGUCUCUACUAUAUACUAUGCAUAAUUUAAUUAUUUUAUUUUAUUGCAAAUUUUUUUUCCCUGUUUUUAUUUUUCGUUUUCUUAAUGGUGUUGUACUGUCGAUCGCAAAACAAAAGCAGCACACGCACACACA